ACUCUUUUUUUUAGCUUAGUCACAUUAAAAUAAUAAAUAAUAUUGUUCUUUUUUUCAAAUAAAUGAAUGUCAGAGAAUCUGAAGAUAUUGGGCUAAGUUUCGGUAAUGAUGACAAUGAAGUCAAAAAGACAAAGUUUAAGCAUCCAUAUGCAUCGUUUUUUCACCUGUUUUUUCGCACUUCUGCAUUGAUAUUUUACUUCAUAUUUAACUUCAUAACAAGUAGUUUUAUAACAGGAUUUGUUGUGAUUGUACUGAUGUUAUCUAUUGAUUUUUGGGUUGUUAAAAAUGUUACUGGACGUUUGUUGGUAGGAUUGCGCUGGUGGAACUAUAUAGAUGAAGAUGGAAAUAGUCAAUGGAUUUUUGAAGCUAGAAAAAAAAAAAAAAAAGGAGAGCUAUCAAAAACAAUACCAACAGAAUCUCGUCUCUUUUGGUUAGGUUUGUUGAUAUUUCCAAUAUUUUGGGCAUUUUUGCUUAUAGUUGCAUUGGCAUCUUUGAAACUCCAAAGUAUUCUUAUUGUCUUAGUUGCAAUAAUAUUAACAUCAGCUAAUUUAAUUGGAUAUGUGAAAUGUAAAAAAGAUGCUGGCAAAGACAUGAAAAGUAUGGCAGGAUCUUUUUUAGGUCGACAAAUCCUUAAUCAGAUAUCGUUAAAUACAGACGCACCCAAGUAGUUGUCAUUAGCUAUUUUUGAUAAAAUAAGUGGUUUUUAAAGAGAAAAUUUGUUUUGCAUUACUGAAAACUUCGAUGUUGAUUGAAUGGGUGUCACAUCAUAGUCAGAAAGCUAAUUUGCAACGUUUUUAAAUUUUCUUUUGUCAAUUUAUUAUUUGCAUUGUAAAUAGAACUGAUAAAUAUGUCAAUAUGUCAGUAUAACAUAUUUAAUGUUGGUGAAGUGAGUUACAUUAGUGGAGGUGUAUUGGUUAGGCGAGGAGUAAUUAAAGACGUGGUUAAAUUCUUUAGUUUUACGGAAUAAAUUAAAUAAAUAUCAAGAAAAUUUGAAUA